AUGGCGUCGAAUCUCUACAAACUCUCCUCCCAAAUCCACCGCAUCUCUCCAUUUGCCAGAUCCGUAAUCGCUCGCACCUCCGCUACAUCCGCUGCACCUUCUCCGUCAUCGGGAUCGAAGAAAGUCGCCGAUCGAAUCGUCAAGCUUUCCGCGAUUGAUGCGGAUGGAGACAAGAAGGAAAUCAUCGGGCUCUCUGGGCAGACGCUCCUUCGCGCGCUCACUCACACCGGCCUGAUCGAUCCGGCGUCGCAUCGCCUGGACGACAUCGAGGCUUGCUCGGCGGAGUGCGAGGUCCAGAUCGCAGAGGAAUGGCUCGCGAAGCUCCCGGCGCGUACGUACGACGAGGAGUAUGUGCUGAAGCGUAACUCUAGGUCGCGUGUCCUGAACAAGCACUCACGCCUCGGUUGCCAAGUUGUGCUGACGCAUGAGCUCCAAGGUAUGGUCGUCGCCGUCCCUGAAGCCAAGCCUUGGGAUAUUCCGUAA